CCACUUGCCACAAGAGUUUUAUCGUAAAAAGAAUACAGAAACAAAGCCAAUUGUCUUGGAUGGUUUGGACAGAGAUAGCCCUGCCUUGAGCAGAGGGUUGGACUGGAUGACCUCCUGUGGUUCCUGUUUUUCUGCGACUCUGUAAGUUUUGCAAGCCUCUUAAAAAAAACAAGAAUAAUUAACAUGAUUUAAGGAUUACAUUAUUCAGUUAUUCAGACAGCAGUGCUAAGGUGUGGGGAGUUGCUGGAUUUUAUUUUUAAAAUGAUAAUAAUGUGACCUAUUCUCUUUGCUUAUAGAUGAAGACUGAUCAGAUAAAGUACUUCUUUUCAAUUCCAGACCAUACCACUGAACACCCAUAUAGCUCUCAAAGCUGAAGCUUCCUGGACAUCUCCCAGUUUUUCCAGAGCUGCAAAAAUAAUCGGCCUGUCCCGAGGUGAUACAAUUGUGGAGGGGGGGGGGUUGGGGUGGGAGAAAAGAUUAAGUGGCAUCAAAAUGGGAGUAACAGUCCAAAACAUAACAGGAAGUACAGCAAGGGUAAUAUGGCCAAAAAUGGCCAGUUGUGCCGACAGCUUUUACAGUAUUAUGUAUCACCCCAACUGGAAUAGCGUCCUGUCGGGUUAUUCCCGAAAAAGUUUUCAGAAAGAAGAGCGAGUACCUGCUAGUCGAUCUUCAUUUGUCAUUGAAAACCUAACUCCACUAACCACAUACAUACUAUGUGUAACCUGCCAAUCUGCAAACCCAUCCAGUGACCAGUGCAAAAUUUUUCACACGCUAAAACAAGAUGCAACAUCUGCCAGCAACAAAAAAAAGGAUCUGGCACUGGGCAUCUGGCUAACAAGCAGUAUUCUGCUUCUCAUCAUCGCUGGCAUCUUCCUCUACGGCUGCCUACAUAUGUGGUGUCGCAAGAGACAAGCGCGCUUAGAAGAACACAACAGGAAUUCAGAACAAGAGAAAGGCAAAGUCUGGUCCAAAAACAAGUUUCACACCUCAGAGAAGUUCAACAGGCCCAGCCAACCACUCCAAGAGGAUGAAAAUGCAGAUUGUGUCCAACUGGCUACCGUCAGUGAAAAUCCUUUAACUUGUAAGGAUCUGCCUGUCAUGCCAACUUCCACAAGCCAGGAAUUAGUGCCAACAUCUGUACAGACAACCACCAUAAAUUAGAUGUCCUUAAUUAGUGAAGACCACUGCAAAGAUCUGCUGUACACAAUAACUGAAAUAUUUUAACUUACAGAGUUCUGAUCUUUCACAGCUUGUAUUUCAAAUAUAUUAGUACCUGCUGGUGCCCUCUCAUCUGCAUUCUUUAUCAUAGCUGGCCUUCUCACCAUCCCAUACACGGCUAAAAGUUCUCAAUGUUAAGGUUUAGACUACCAAAAAUUGAGCAUUUCAGCUGGGUUUUGUUAGAAUAAGGAGGGGAAAAAACAAUCACUUUAUAUGGAACUUUUGGGGGGUUUUGUUCUUGUUUUUUAGGGUUUGAUGAACAGGGGAGGCAAGCAAGAGUAGAUAAGCAAAUAACAGCCUGGUUUCAAAGUCUAAAUAUACAAGGAUGAGCAGAAGAAACAUUUCUAUUAUUAGUAAAGCAAAUUGAAUUGAAAAUUGCAAAUGGAGACUGAUACUCCUAUGCUGCAGUCAGCUCAUAUGCAUGUUACUGCAAUACAUUACAAUAACUCAUACUAGUAUAACAGUCUACUGUUAUGAAUUUCAUCUUCCUCAUUCAGAACCAGGCUGCUUCUGUAACAGAGCAGUUCACUGGCAUACGCUGUACUUGAUCCUUCUCUUCCACGAGUUCCAGUCAUACAGUAUGACAACGAAAUCAAUCAGUUUGGGGAGGGGAGGAUAGAGAGGGAAAUGACUUCUCAUUCAAAAUUCCUCCCCCAGUUUAAUAAUGCAUUCAGGAUGAUGACAUGAAAAAGACAUACUCUAGUUCAACCAAACAACUGCUCUGUUUAAGGCUAUUCAGGGAGCAUCUGGAGCAGCCUUCUCUAUAUGGUUUGUUACAGUUGCAAAAGAAAGAAAGUGCUCAUGGCUCAGAAGGAAGGAGAUGGUACUUCGGCACCAAACUCCUAGCUGCUCUCUCUGCCUCCUUCAGUUUUAGGGACAAAGACUCCUCAACAACAGGUUUUUAUUCAACCAGCAAUAUUUCGUAAUGAAUUAAGGGCAAAAAGCAGCAAAACUAUGGCCAAGCACAUACGAGAUUUUAGAAAUGUACAUGCCAACCAGUUGUCCUGGAUUUCUUAGGAAGUUGCCAAAAGAUCCUGGAACUGGAAGUCAGUAAACCCUGGGGAAAAAAACAUUCCGGGUCUAGUUUUGCACAUGCAUGGUACCUAGUUUUAAAACUAUUAUGUGCAUCUUUCUUCCUUUUAAAUUGAUAAAUCUUAGUGUGACUGCAUAAUACGGGGUGUGUGUGGGGGGGGUUACAAGGCUGUAAGAUAUACUGUGACUUUAUGUACAUAUUUUAAAAUUGAUAUCAAAUAAGAAUGUCAGCUUAAAGUCAACUACUGAACCAGCUCUGUCUGUCACAUCAGCUAAGGAAGGAGAAGUACUAGCGUGGCAGCUGCCAUCAGUUCUAAAUGCUUUCUGGAAACCAGAGUGAUCUACAGGUUUGAUAACAAUGCAUCCACUUAAACAUUUUACAAAAGGCAGCUGCCUACUCCACUCCUGAAACAUUUCACAUCAUUUGCACCCCAAACUUCAGCUUUCAUAAUGAUAAACCAGUCACACAUCUGGAAAAUCAGCACUGGCACAAACUUGGUACAUUUGCUCUCUUCUCCUGGCACAAAAAUAGUUAAGAGACACAGCAUACCUGGUGUGCCAAAUGGACAGUGACUAUUUAUUCUUUCAUAGGAACAAGUUUAAAUGUGUAUUACUGUACUAAAUGAACAUUCGUGUUCUGUCUGAACCUCCAACCUGACAUGUUCUUCUAUUGAUUGCGUUUUCUUUGUCUUACACAUACUAUUUUAAAUAAACUACAUUUGAAGCCUGAAACAUUUACUGGCAUUUCAAAGCAGGCAACUGUAAUAUAACCUCCACAGAACAGGAAGUUGUCUUUGUAGGUUUGCUUCCCAGACUGAGAAAUAAACAAAUGCACUCCACUUGAAAUGAGCCAAAAAUCAAUUAUGUUGUCAGUUGUUCUACCCUUCAUAUAGGGUAGAGACAUUCUCAUAUGGAGGAAAGUAACUUGUAGUUAAGGCCUAAAGCAAAGAGGCCUCUUUCUGUUCCCAACAUUUACCAAUGAUUUGCCUAUGCCUUUGGAAAGAUGCAGAGAAAUGAAUUACUCAAGUGCUAUAGCUAUACAGACAUGUAGUAUGCAACAAUCUGUUGAUUUAUGCUCUCUAAAUAUUUCCUUGAUAGAAUAUCUAUUAAAAUAUUACUAAUUAUUUGCCAUUCUCAGCUGAUACCAAAAAAAAAAA